AACACCACGGAAAUUACUCAAGAGGAAGCGGGUACUAGAUGAACGCUGACGGGAAAUAAAACUGAAAACUUUUUUUUAGAUAACGUUUUAUAUAUAAUUAUUAAUGUAAAUCCUGUAUCGUUUAGUAGUGUUUUUGAGCCUCUAGGCGCUUAUUCAGACACGCAGCUCGGCAGUACAUUACAAGGGUUGCACUGCUUUUUCCUGAUGUCUGCUGAAGCUUCUGGUGAGAAUGUGGUGCCGGAUCCCAGCUGUGCCCCUCCAUCCCCCAGCCACGGUGUAGAGAAGAAGGUAGGACCAGGUCUGGCUGGCAGUAAGUAUGUGAAGCUGAACGUUGGUGGAUCCCUGCAUUACACCACAGUCCAGACCCUCAGCAAAGAGGACAGCCUACUCAGAAGGAUAUGUGAUGGCAGUGUGGAGGUGACCAUCGAUUCAGAAGGGUGGGUGGUGUUGGACAGAUGUGGACGCCAUUUCUCCCUGGUGCUGAACUUCCUACGGGAUGGCACAGUGCCACUUCCUGAGAGCCAGAGAGAGCUGGAGGAGGUACUGAAGGAGGCGCAGUACUACAGACUGCAGGGUCUCAUCCAGCACUGCCUUUCCACACUGCAGAAUCGCAGUGAGGUGUAUGAGGGAGGCUGUCGCAUCCCUAUGAUCACCUCUGCCAAGGAGGAACAGAGGAUGAUUGCCACCUGCAAGAAGCCUGUGGUGAAAUUGCAGAAUAAUAGAGGGAACAAUAAAUAUUCCUAUACCAGUAAUUCCGAUGACAACUUGCUGAAGAACAUUGAGCUGUUUGAUAAACUGGGGCUGCGAUUUAAUGGUAGAGUGCUUUUCAUGAAGGACGUACUCGGAGAUGAAAUCUGCUGCUGGUCCUUCUAUGGAGAUGGACGCAAGAUCGCUGAGGUUUGCUGUACCUCCAUCGUUUAUGCCACUGAGAAGAAACAGACCAAAGUUGAGUUCCCAGAAGCUCGUAUCUUUGAAGAAACCCUAAACAUACUAAUCUAUGAGAAUGGCCGGGGCUCUGGUCAUGGAGGCAUGGGUUUAUUGGACUCGAGUGGUGUCUCAUCUCCAGGUGUUGGUCAGUCAGAGGAAGAUGGGGCUGGUGUGGGAGGUGGAGACAGACGUGUGAGGAGGAUCCAUGUACGGAGACAUAUUAUGCAUGACGAGAGGGGGCACGGACAGCAGACUGUGUACAAGGACUGAACGCAGGCAUGGAGAGAGAAAUGAUAAACAUGAGUAGUAAGAAGAGCUUAAUGGUACUAUAACAGGAAAAUUAUGAAUAAUUCAUAUGCAGGGACUUGGAUACAAGGAUGGAUGUGUGGGCUGGGGGGUUAAGCAGUGAUGGUAAUCGAUCUUGCGUACGGUAACACUGCACUAAGAAAUAAUCUCAAGAGCCACAGUGUGGUUUCUUUUUAUUUUAUUUUUGAGGAUGAAUGUACAUCAUCGUUGUUAUUUAUUAUUCUGUUAAUUUAUUGUCCACAAUUUACAACUUUUUUUAAAAAAAGGAUAUGCGUGACAUUUUUGUGUGUGCAAGAAUUGUGAAUGCGUAAUAGUGAACUGUGAUGUUUUUCUAUGCAGAUAUGUGUGUUGGGUGACAGCUGCAGAGAGGUACUUAGAAGCGACUCGUACUCGAAUAAUGUAUGAUACAUGUUCCUGAUAGAGUGGGUGUCAUUCUGGACCUUUCCUUAAAGUAUCCUAACAGACGUGUUCAAGUGGCUCAUUAUAUAUAAACACUCCAGUGUUUUUCAACCUUAUCCUCAUCAACUGCGUAGGUAGCGUAUGUGAUUGCGACAGACAGGAUUUUUCUGUGUGUUUCCCUGUUCUGAGGAAAGGGUGGGAAACCUGUUCACUCAAAGGACACCUAUAAUGAGAGAAUGAGGACAGUUGCUGAUUCCUGUCAGUAAAAUACAGUGCAUACACAAUAAAACUACAACCGUUACCUUUUAAUAUUCUUAUAUGAUUUUAUCCAACUUUCCAACAAGAUUUGUGGUGUCCAUGCCCAAUACAAUCUACACAACUAUGCUGAUAAGUCAUAACCACAACUUUUCCCCUAGGACUAAGUAGCCCUAGGGACGAAUAAGUGUCUUAAAACUUAGAGUUUAAGGUUUAGAACUUAAUACCUAUUGACAAUACCUAUGAAUAAGGGAAUACAAAUACCUUUAGACUUCCAUUAUGAGCGAGUGUCUGGAAACAUAAUUUCCAUUCUUUUUUCAGUACAGGGAAAUGCUAGAUAGAGACUAGUUUAAAAACACUGGAGCAUUUCCUCAAGGUGGUCCAUCUGAGUUAUAAAGCUGCUAUUGUUUCAUCAAGCAGCCAGGCAAUGUGUAUGUUUUCAGUUUAAAUCUUUCAAAAGCCCUAAAAACUCAGUUGCUAAGCAUUCCCAAAAUGUGUGUGAAUAUUGAAAUGUCUGACCCUUUACUUGAAGACUGACUAGAAAGACAAUUCCAUGGCAUAUUUUUGCCCCAGAGUCAUAGGAAACUGACAAAAUAUUAUGCUGAUUUGGCCAUAGCAGGUUUUCUAUAGCCAGUCAUCCAGUCAUUACUUUUAUAGACUGUUGUAUACAAAACUGCCAAACACUGUGGCAUCCACAGUGAAAACGUCCGUUUUUGUUUUGGGUAUAAGAAGGCAGUUUAUGUGACUCACUAAGGUUUUUUUUUAAUUAUUAUUAUUUUUUUUUUAUCCAAAUAAACCAUUCCUUUGUUUUAUGUGAUUAUAAUCAUAAAAAUCAUUUUGUUUUGUUUUUUUAAUUUGAAAGUGAUGCUUUGUGGAAACACAUUCUUGCUGACAGAGCUCUCAGUAACUGGCAGUGUAAUACAUUGACUCUUAAUGAUAAGAUGGAUAUAAUGACCAAUUGCUAACCUGUCAAACUGCUGUAAAUAAGAUUUGAAGAGUUGUUGCACUAGCCCACUAUUCUCUCUUAAUUGUCUCAUGGGAAUUGUUCUCAUGACCAGUGAAACAAUAAUGUACUGCUUACACUCACUCUUUGAAUUUUUUUUUUAUUAUUAUUAUUAUGAAAUACAUAUUAAUAUGCACAGUAUUAUCAGAAAUGUCUGAUGGGUAUGAGUAUUUUGGAUUUGUUUAGUAGCAUGUUAUGCUGUCCAUAAGUAAUGGUGGUUGUUAUUUUAUCCACAGGUCCAUUAAUAAAAUGCCUUUUUUUUUUUAUACAUUAA